AUUAGAAAUAAGACGACAGGAAAAAAUGCAUAAAAAGAUCUGAAAGACAGAGGAAGUUAGGUGUUCGAAAGUUAGAGAAAAUGAUUACCAAUUGCCACUAACUUCAAUUAUAUCUCUCCUCUUAUCUUCCCCUCUCAUAAACUCCUUCUCUAUACUGAAACUAAGCAGAAGCUGAAGCCAUGGCAUUUGCAGGAACAACACAAAAAUGCAUGGCCUGCGACAAAACUGUGUAUCUUGUGGAUAAGUUAACUGCUGAUAACCGCAUCUAUCAUAAGGCCUGCUUUCGAUGCCAUCACUGCAAAGGAACUCUCAAGCUUGGCAACUACAAUUCCUUCGAAGGCGUGCUCUAUUGCAGACCUCAUUUUGAUCAACUUUUCAAAAGAACUGGUAGUCUAGACAAAAGCUUUGAAGGCACGCCAAAAAUCGUUAGAGCUGAUAAACCUGCAGACGGUGAGAAACCUAAUGCAACUAAAGUGUCGAAUAUGUUUGGAGGAACCAGAGAUAAAUGUGUUGGAUGUAAGAAAACUGUGUAUCCGACUGAGAAGGUUACAGUGAAUGGAACACCGUACCAUAAGAGCUGCUUCAAAUGCAUACAUGGAGGAUGUGUGAUUAGCCCUUCCAAUUACAUAGCACACGAGGGGCGACUCUACUGCAAACACCACCAUAACCAACUCAUCAAGGAAAAGGGAAACUUAAGCCAACUUGAAGGUGAGGGAUCCAUGUCUGAUCAGAAUGCUAAUGGAAGAGAAGUUGCUGCUCAAUUAUGAGUUCCAAUUAUACAUUCCCUGCAGUCCAAUUGGGUUUGUGCUUAUAGAUAGCUGAGAUUCUUGAGAUUUCUAAUUCAAGUAUGUGUGCGAUUUUGUUUGUUCUAUUUGGGAUUUUGUUCUUCCAUUGGUUCGUGAGCUGCAAAUGCCUAUUUGAUUCUCGUCAUAUGAUUUGUAAACUUCAACCGGUGUAGUUGGUGAAAUAAUUAUUGACUAUUGUUCAUCA